AUGUCUAUAUUAUCGACAUUGUGCAACUCUACUCUAAAUACACUUCGUAGCCUCAAAUUUACAAAGAUUGGCUGCAGAUAUGCUAGUACUUCAAAAGAAAUAAAAUUUGGGAAUUCUGCUCGCAAACAAAUACUAAAAGGGGCUAAUUAUUUGGCAGAUGCAGUGGGAGUAACACUAGGUCCUAAAGGACGUAAUGUAGUUAUAGAACAAAGUUUUGGAGGUCCGAAGAUAACUAAGGAUGGAGUAACUGUUGCUCGUUCAAUUGAGUUUCAAAGUAGAUCUAUGAAUCUAGGUGCACAAUUACUGAGGAAUGUUGCAUCUAUAACUAAUGAUAUAGCUGGAGAUGGCACUACAACUGCUACGGUUCUUGCAAGAGCAAUAUUUCGCAGUGGUUGUGAGAAAGUUGAUGCUGGUUUAAAUCCCAUGGACCUAUUGCGUGGAAUUAAUAUUGCUGUGAAACAUGUAAUAGAGGAACUAGAACUUUUAAGCCAACCAAUUAAGACACAAGAUGAUAUACUAAAUGUAGCAACAAUAAGUGCAAACAAUGAUCCAAAAGUUGGGUGCUUAAUUGCAGAAGCAUAUGAAAAAGUAGGAAAGUCGGGAACAAUAAAUGUCAUUGAAGGAAAGACAACUCAGUGUGAAUUGGAGUUAGUAGAAGGUUUUAAAUUUGAUCGUGGUUAUAUAUCUCCAUACUUUAUCACAAAUACAAAGUACCAAAAAGUGGAAUUAGAAAAUCCCUAUAUAUUUAUAUUUGAGAAGAAGUUAAAUAAUAUCAAAACAAUAUUACCAUUAUUGGAGCAUAUAUUAUCAGUUAGAGUUCCUUUAUUAAUUAUAGCUGAAGAUAUUGAAGGAGAAGCACUAGCAACUAUGAUAGUUAACAAACUUAGACUUAAUUUACAGAUUUGUGCAGUUAAAGCUCCUGGAUUUGGUGAGCAGAAGAGAGCUUUAUUAGAAGAUAUAGCUAUUUCUGUAGGAGGAAAAGUUAUUAGUGAUGAUUAUUCAGAUAUAAGAAUAGAUGAGCUAACAGCCCAAAAUAUUCAAAAUUACUUGGGAAGAUGUAAAAGCGUCUCUAUAACAAAAGAUGAAACAAUUAUAGUGGAGGGUCAAGGAUCAACAGAUGACAUUAAUAUACGAUGUAAUCAAUUAAAGGCACAACUUGAUGAAAAUAAAAGCUUAUCAGAAUAUGAAAAGGACAAAAUACAAGAGAGGUAUGCAAAACUUACAGGUGGUAUUGCUUUAAUAAAAGUUGGUGGAUAUUCUGAUACAGAGAUUUCUGAACUAAAGGAUAGAUUUAUCGAUGCAUUGAAUGCUACUAAAUGUGCACUAGAUCAAGGUAUUGUUCCUGGUGGAGGAUCGGCAUUACUUUGGGCCUCAAGGAACUUACAACAUCUUAUUAAGUCCCAAGUAAGUUCAAGUGGGAUAAUCAGUGAAACUCAUUCUCAAGGUAGCUUGCUUGAUACAGACUUAAUGUAUGGAGAUUCAUUAAGUGAUAAAAAAUCUCUAAAAGAAGAUGAUGCAAUUAAAAACUAUGAUAUGGCAAUGGGAGUAAAAAUUAUUCAAGAGGCAUGUCAAGUCCCAUGCCGUAUGAUUACAUCAAAUGCUGGAUAUGAAGGUGCAGUAAUUAUUGGAGAGUUACUUAAACAGUUUACAAAAAAUAAAAAGUACGCUGGAUUUGAUGCUCAGACUGGAACAUAUGUUGAUAUGAUCCAAGCUGGUAUACUGGAUCCAACAAAGGUUGUGAAGUCAGGAUUAUGUGAUGCUGCUAGCAUAGCAUCACUCAUGACUACAACUGAAGCUGCAAUCUUUGAUGCUGAAGAUAAAUCUAAAGAUAAAAUGACACAUGGAAAUAUCCCUAAUGGAAUCAACGAUAAUUUCUACUAA